GCAACAUGUGGUAACGGUUUUUUGUCCAAAUGAUCAAAUGCGAUUUUCUUGAGAUUGUUUUGCCUCCAGGACGAUGCCUUUGCUUCUGAAGUUUCUCUUCCUCCUCAAUGAGACUUAUGAUUAAGCUAUAGAAAUAUAUCUCAUAAAAGAAGGAUUCGAGCUUGCAACUUUGCAGGAGGAGGCAAGGGGAUGGCACAGUUCGCGACACAGGGCAGCUUAAAACUACUCUUUAAUGGAGAGGGAGUGUCGUCUCUUCUGGAACUCAAGGACCCAUUUUACUAUAAGUUUAGAUCAAUUCAGACCCACAGACGAAGGCUCGGGUAUCUUGGCCCAUCAGGUAGUAUUUACUAUUCAUCGUCAUCGCUGAGUAGCAAAUCGAACCGUUGCAAUGCUGAGGCACGCCCCUCGGACUGUGUCUAUGAUGAGAGUGAUUCUGAUGAUGAUGAGUUUGAGAGCGAUAGCUUGUCUUGUUUCCGAGGCCUGGUGUUAGAUGUAUCGUACAGGCCAGUCAAUGUUGUAGGCUGGAAACGUGCUAUUUGUUUGGAGUUUAUGGAGAAGGCUGACGUUCUAGAGUACUAUGAUCAAACGGUGAACUCACCUAGUGGAUCUUUCUAUAUACCAGCUGUCUUAAGGGUUCCUUAUUUACUUCAAGUUGUGAAAAGAAGAGUCGUCAAGAGUAAUCUUAGCCGGAAAAAUAUACUAUUCCGGGACAAUUACACUUGCCAGUAUUGCUCUUCACGUGAGCAUUUGACCAUUGACCAUGUAGUACCUACUGCAUUGGGUGGAGAAUGGAAAUGGGAAAAUCUAGUUACAGCUUGUGUCAAAUGCAACUCGAAGAAAGGUCAUAGGACUUUAGAGGAAGCAAAAAUGAAGCUGGUUAAAGCUCCAAAGGCCCCAAAAGACUACGAUAUACUUGCCAUACCCUUAACAAGUGCAGCUCUGAGAAUGUUGACAAUAAGAAAGGGAACACCUGAAGAAUGGCGUCAAUAUCUAAGGUCCUCUUCAGAGCCAUGAAUUCAUCUCUUGGGGCACUCCUGUCCUGUAUGUCAUCCAUUCAUAAUUUCUAGAUCUGCUCCUGCUCACCAAAAACUUAAUAAAUAAAAGAAAAUUUCCUCGUAAUCACAAGAACUUGUUAACCUUUAGUUAAAAAGGAAAAAAAAAAAACAAUCAUAGCAAACUCACUAUUGAUCUCAGGAAUCUUGUAAAAUAUAUGUAAAGUAGUUUCCUGUGUUUUUGAGCAAGGCUAUGUAUGUGUCUGACUCAAAUUGAUGUACAGAAUUGAUAUAAAAGAAUUAAUUUAGCAUGUCUGUAAGUGUAGGGAUGAGGUUUGGUUGCAGAUAUGUCGGUGACGUGGCUUCCAACUAAUAUAAGCUUUUGUUGCACCUCCCAUUGCCACUUUUGACUUUGGAGGCAUUCAAA